AUGCCCAGCAUGUGGCUCACAGAUGUGCAGAAGAUUGGGGUGGCUUUCUGCUCUGGAGGUGGAUUGUUUCUGUUCGGAGGUGUCCUCAUGUUCUUUGAUCGUUCCAUGCUGGCAAUGGGCAAUAUUCUGUUCCUCAUCGGCCUCACCCUCAUCAUCGGCUUUCAUAAGACGUUCAUGUUCUUUGCCCGGCGGCAGAAGCUCAAGGGCACAGCAGCGUUCAUGAGCGGCAUUUUCCUCAUUUUGAUUCGUUGGCCGCUGAUUGGGUUCUUGGUCGAGCUAUACGGGAUCUUUGUACUGUUUGGGGACUUUUUCGCGACCAUCGCCUCGUUCGCAGGUAACAUUCCGAUCGUGGGGCCGUAUAUCCAGAUGGCACUGCAAAAGAUGUCAAGAGGAAGACGGAAUGCCGAACUGCCUGUGUGA